UCAAAUCUAGACAAUGCCCACAAUGUUGCCAACGAGUGUUCUCGCUCUGCGCAUGCGGCAGUAUUCGAACGUACCAGGCGUUCUGUGUCCGUACCAAAGAGGUACCUAGGAAGAGUUUUUUUUGGAUAUUAGCGUCGUUACGUCGCAGCUGAGCGUGUUGGGUAUAGGUGUUCUAUGGCAGCUCUGUAGACCGCCGCCGCCAGCUGGGCAUGUCAGUGUGCGCUCGGCGUGCUUGCUCAGGUAGUGUGCGCCAAGUUAUGAAAGUUGCUGCACCAUUUGUCAAUUUGUGUUCUUCGAGCCGUUUGUUCUCGCUCAAUUCGGUGUCCUGCGUGACCGUGUGAAGGUUUUUUUUUUGUUUUGUUUUCGGCGUACAUGUGUUAUGGUGACGUUUAGCGCAUAGCAUCGAAACGACAUAGAGUUCGUGCAACAUGGGCCGUUGUUGUGUUCCUGGUUGCCGCGGUAACUAUAACAAUGGACCAAAAGUGCGCCUGUACUCAUUUCCAAGGGAUGUCGCGCGGAAAAAAGCGUGGCUUCAAGCUAUCUUCCGGGAGGAUUUCACGCCAUCGGUGUAUUCGAAGGUUUGUGAACUGCACUUCAACGCUGAGGAUUUCUCAACGAUGCUGUCGUAUCAUGACGAACGGACAGGAAGGACAAUAGAAGUAAAGCGGGCGAAACGCCAGUUGAAGCGCAAUGUUGUACCUUCCAUCUUUCCAAGCUGUCGGAAAUGCUUGACCUCAAAGCCAAGGGAGAUUGGUGCUUCGCAAGAAGCUGUAAAAGAGUCGCUCGAAUCUAAAGAACUUGAGCAAGAAAGGAAGGAGUCUUCAUAUACAGACUUCAAGACAAAGCCAUCAAGGAUCUGCGAUAAUGAUUUUUGGACAGCAACCAUUGGCGAAAAGGAUUGUGUAGCAGGGAGCCAGCACCCGCAGGCGGCGACGUCAGCGUCUGCAACGUCGACCAGCGAGGUCUCUACGUGGCUGCCAUCAUCGGGAGAAGCCAUGACUCGUUGCUGCGUGCCCUACUGCCGUGGAAACUACGAUAAAGGUCCCAAAGUCCGAGUGUUUUCCUUGCCUCGUGAUGCUGCUCGCAGAAUCGUGUGGCAGAGAGCAAUCUCUCGUAGCGAUGUUGACAUCGCUACAUUACGUGAUCCCAAGGUUUGCGAACUUCAUUUCAAGCCAGAAUGCCUCAGGACCAUAUCUAGGUACACGUCGUCUGAUGGGAUAACGUUGGAGGCGCCAAUGGGACGCACGCUUCUGACGGAGGAUGCGGUGCCGACAAUUUUCCCUGCGGCCCACGGGUCCGAAUUCAAACCUAAGCCACAUUCGCGAAAACGAAGAAGCCUGGAAGCAUCACGUACACAAGAAGCAGCACUGCUGUCGGAGCCCAAGAAAAACCCUCAUCCUGCGGUUACCUAUCUUUGUGGCUGCCAGGCAUUCAGUGGACCCAGGCAUCGCUCCCCACUGUCAAAGCGCACAGGGGGACGGACACCACGGAUCUUGGUGAUUACGACACUGGCACGCAAGAAUUUUCGGAUUCAAGUGAGAGUGGAAUGUGGAGGCUUUCUAAUGUGGACGACGUUCCAGAAGUGCCUAAACUGCGCAGCAGUGAAGUUUUGGUGCAAGAGCCCACAGUCAUCAAUAGCUGCCAGUUGGUGGUCGCGGCACCCACCUCUGUCUUGGCUAGUUCAAGGGGUGCUCCUCAAUGUGACCAAACAGCCGUGGGCACCACCCUGUCGACCAAAAGAGGUCCCCUUCGAAGAGGGUCCCCCUCGAAGAGUCUUCAAGGAGAUGCAGCCUCUCGAUGCAACGUUAAGCGACACUGACCCUCAAUCCAUUGUUCCAGUCCUUGCCGAGACGGCGGCUGCCAACCACCAAGUUGUGCAACAAUGUUCCAGAGGCAAAUGCGCAACGCUUGUGGUGAACUGGCAUCAUCCUUGGCAAAGAGGGAAGCCCUGCCUCUGCGACAGCAGGGUCAACGAAAAUUGUCUACAGCUGAAGCUACUGCUACAAGAGUUUUGGGAGACCGAGGACCUCACCAACCACGUCGGAAUGUGUCCUUGGCUGCAGCCACACAAGUGCCACCUGUGUUCAAACGUUUUCAAAUUGGACCUCAAUGCAAGACCACAACGCCAUGCACGUCGAGGAACUAGGAACAAAGUGCCCUUUGUGCGAGCGCAAAGUCGCUGGUGGGUUAUCAGAUUCGUCAAGACACAUAACGCAUUGUCUCACCUUUAAGCUGGUCAUGUGCAGUGUUUGGAGUCGUCCUUCUUGUACACUAUCACCGCACACGUGUAGUGACAUGCUGGCCAGCGGGGAUACCUGGGCGGUUCCUUUCAGGACAUUACCUCAAGUUCAGCAUCAGGUAUGCAAUAAUAGUUCUUGAGAAAGAACAUUGUACUAGAGUGUUGCGAGUGCUUAUGUCAUGUAAAUCAGUGAUGUGAAGCGGCAUGAAGUACUUUGCCUUCAUUCAUUCUUCAUUUGUUGUAUUGUACAGUCAGCCCCAGGACACCUAACCUUGCAUCGGGGUAUCAAAAGUUGCAUCCCCUACAGAGGAUGCCUCGAUUGUGUGAUCGGGAGUGGUGAAGCACUCCUUUCACCUCAUUAGAUAUUUUCAGAUGGCUUGUCUGCGCAGUUGAAACUGUUCCAGCGUCGUGGUGCAGUCCUCAAUAUACCAAAAGCCAACUCCAUCAUCUGUGUAACAUCCCCACAUGAAGAAUGAGUAUUACCCUGUACUUUCCACUGACGUUGCAAUUAAAAAAGAUGUUGCGACUAUGAAGUACUUUUUUGCAAGGCACUUGGGAAACCAUGACAGUGUGUGCGCUGUAUGUAAAUGCUAGAAAAGAAAGAAAAAACAUUAGCAAACAUGCAAGACGUAACUCAAUCAAUGUAGGGAGGAUGUUGGAUGGUAAGUACAUGUUGGCCUGAACACACUACCAUGUACCUGCAGUUAAUUGUGCACUCAUAGUUAUCUUUGUAUAUCUCUGUAUAUAUGCAUUAAACCCAGCAGUCUGGGGUCAUUUGGGUCGGAGAGAAUCUGUGCUUGUCUGUGUGCUGUGCACAUGGCUGGCAUACAAAAUAUAGAUUCAAGAAAUAGCAUGUGUUAGUAAAUAUAAUUGCAAAUUUA